AUGCCGUUUCUCUCCCUACCUCUCGAAGUCCGCCUUCAGAUCUGGGCCUACAUAGUCCAACCGACACUGGAAUACCCUUGCGACUGUGCCCGGAAGGGCGUCCCGUGUCAGUCCCCCCCUCUGGGAAUCUGCUGUCACGACGUCUCGACAUACCAGCAUUGCGACAAUCGAAUUCUGCGAGUUAGUCGUCAAAUCUUCGAUGAAGUCCAGCCGAUCGUGCAAAAAGCGGAGAUAGACCGAGUCUUUGUGCUGUGCAACAGUUUAUGCUUGGAUAAUUUCUUCAAAACUCUGAAUGAACGGGAUUGGAAGUGGGUGAAACAUCUCCGGAUGGAUCUGUUCGUGGGUUAUGGGGAUGACAAUCAGGACGAUUGGUUUCUGUGCCAGAGUCAAAGAUGGGCGAAAAGAUAUGUUGCUGGCGCUCUCGAUCGAUUCGGAUGGAAGGAGGACCUUGACGGUGGACAUCUUCCUUGCCUGACCAUUCCGGGAGUCCUAAAGUUUCAGGCCACCCCAACAGAUUUGUUCUUGACGGACCUGGAGAUGCCUGAAAACUAUGACUCAGCAGAAAGAAGGAGAAACAUGGGAAUCAGGCCAGACCACGUGACGAGGAUUUAUCUUAUCGUCCGCAAGUCAGCCCCCUUCAUUGCGUGGUUGAACCAAAAGGAACGUUGCCACCUUGUGCUCUCCUGGCUACCAUUUGACGAUAGUCGAACGAAUCCUUCCUCGUCCAAGGUUCAAGUCUGCUACGCCAUCUCAGAUGUCACAUACCGGCGGAACAUACCCAAUGUGGGCUUGCCUAUACUCUACCUCUUCACACAAGGCCAAGAUUUAGGCCCAUUCUUCAGUCACAAAGAUGAGAAGGAUUCAGCACCACUUCAAAAUGGUAACGCCAAAGUAUUACCAGGAAUCUCCCGCUAUACUCCUCCCACGGUGGAUUCUGCGUGGAAAUAA